AUGAUGCUUCAACCAAUGAAAACUUCCACUGCUUCCAAGACUAAUCAGUUGAGACGUGAUGUGAAAUUAAUGCAGGAAAUGGAACAAGAGACAGCGAAAAUUCUGAGUCCAUUAUUUAAUGAUACGGUUUGGCUGAAUAGGGCGUACUUAUUGCUAAAGGGACAAAAUUUACCAGAAAGCGAAGGACGUUUCAAAACCUUAGUUUUAAUACUGAAUGGACGAAUCAGACAUUCAUUAAAGCUUUUGUUCGAUGUCGGAACAUUGCACACUGCCAAGAUCUUCAGCUGCAUACUUGAAUUAGACGCCUUAAUUGGGGAAGUGAUAGAACUUCCUCGCACUCCGUCUUUGGACCACUUUCAGUCAUUUGCUAAAGGCAUUUUAUUUCGAAAUAUUGGUGAUACAUUCCUUCUGCUCCACAAUACAGAAAAAGAAAGCAGAAUUUAUGAAGAGUUGGCAUUUAUCAGUUACUCGAUUGCGUAUGAUAUUUUUUACAAAGCAUCACCUGUAUCACCUUUGCUUGCUGCUAUCUUUGUGCUUGAAACUUUCAUACUGCAUACACUUCUUCAGCAUUUCAGUAGGAUCAAAAUAUCCAACUUAACUUCACAGCUGUUUGGAGAACGCUUGUAUACUGCUUGUAACGGUGUUUCCACAUCUCGUUCCAAAUCAUUCAUGAUUUCAAUAAAUUCGCUGCCAAGCACUCAUGAAACGCAUGGACUUAUUAUGUUGGCGGAUAAAAACGACUUUUUGAUUAAUUUAUUAUGGUUGUUAGCGUAUAACAGUGAUAUACGCAAUAACGUUUCGUUCUUGGAUCUUUUCUUGAAAAAUAUACCUGCCAAGAUUUCUGAUGGGGAUGAUUUGCAAUCAUUUACAUUGUCAUCACUAAGCAGGAUUGAUGCAAAAGUGCUAUUAUUAGGAGCAGCAAAGUGGUCUGAGUUGUGUACAUCUCAUAGACAGAAAUAUGGUACUCCCAGUUUGAAUAUUUUACCACCAUUAGCAUUUGCACAACCUAGUUAUAUGAUGCUCAAUUUCUGGAAUUUAUUGGUGUCUUUCAUCAAUAAGGAAAUGCGGAGUAAUUCAAAUCAGCUGUGCUCAGAGAAUGGAUUAAUAAUAGCAGCUUUGGAAGCGUCUAGAUUACGUGGUGAGAUUCCUGAUGUGCGGAUUGUUGACUAUAUUCGUAAAUGGCUUGUUGCUAAUGGAAAUGCACUCGGUGACACGAAAGGGAAUUGGAUCAAAUUGUACUCUCGCACAUUCAUGGAUCUAAUUAAUGGGGCUCAUUAUGCAAGUCAGGGUGUUUCAACAGGGGACUCAUUUUUUCCACUUUUAAACGAUUCGGAUUACGAUAUGCUUGAUGAUGUCGAGAAAUGGUUUUCUCCUCAGGAUUUAUCUACUCCUGAAAGCUGCUUUAAGAGUGGCCCAGUUCUGGACGAAUCCUCGCAAUUGAAACAGGUCAAUGUUCUGUCUAAGAGUCAAGCACAAUCUAUGAAUGAUGCGUCUAUUAAACCGAAGAGCUUUUUACAACGCAUAUAUACAUCAGCAAAAACUAUGUUGCCAAGUGAAUUCAGUAAUUCGAUUACCUCUGCCUGUGCAUCUAAAACUGAUAGCAUUAGAGCGCUGGAAUUGGUCAGCAAGGAUUAUGAAAGGAGGUGCAAAAAUGAAGCAUCCACAAGCCUCGAAUUAAGUAAUUUGUCGACUAUUACAAAAGAGAACAAAGUCGAAGAGAAUUUAUACGCAGAAAUCAUUAAAAUGCAGAACGGGCAUGCAUGGGACGUUUGCAGGCUCGUACAAAGGAUAAAUUCGUUAGAAGAAACGGUAAAACGGUAUGAAGGCCAAUAUACGACUGAUUUAGCCAUGUAUACUUCAAAGGCCUAUAAGCAGGGUUAUAAUGAUGGAUAUUACUCAGCUUUGCAAACAAGCAAUGUGAACUUGAUAGAAUCAGCUGAUCAAGACGUAAUUCCGCCGACAACACAAGCAACAAAUUUGUUAGAAAGUCAAAUUCUGAAGACUUUGGGCGUCGAACAUUCGCACGAUCCUAAAGAAUGCAUUGGUUGUGCUUCUGAAGAAGGAUACUGGAUAGCUUGGCUGACAGUAGAGUUAUUUGAGACUGUGAUGGAAUGUCUUUGGAAGAAAAAUAUUUGUGAAGUUGUUGAUCUUGCUGUGAUUUUAAUCAAACUAUCAUGA